AUGUGGUUGCUGCGGCCAUGCAAGACGGCCCAACGGCGGCUCAAUAUCCACAAAGUCACACUGAUCCGCCUGCUCCAAAUCCCAGCCAAGACAUAUCGCCUUUAUUCUACGAACGGAUCAUCUUCGAACUCCUCGCGCGAGAAUGGCAAGGCAGCGGGGUACACGGCGCUGGCCGCUGCGGCGGGCGGAGGCGGUAUUUGGUGGUUAACGAGCAGCCUCAAGCAGAAGCACCAGACGAAAGGGAUGCCGUGCUUCACCGACGCGCCCACUGACCAACUAGCCCCAGCACUCGGCCCAUCGAAAGAAGGCGUCUCGCACAUCCUCUCCAACGGGGCCUAUUCUAUCCCAGUCACUCACAUCCCCGGGAUCAACAGAUACGACGGCUCACAACUCGCUUCCAGCAGCCCCUGCGAGGACCGCUUCGUCCACGGCGAACUGCCCUCUCCGCGCAACGACGGUGGUCACUGGGCCGCAUGGGCCAUCUUUGACGGGCACGUGGGUUGGCAAACGGCCGACCUGCUCGAGAAGCAGCUCCUGCCGUUUAUGCGGCACAGUCUGGCCCAAGCCAAACCUGACCUGGGCGAAGGGUCCGCAGCAACCGACGGCGCGGUGCAGGACGCCAUCAUACGCGCUUUCGUGCGCCUCGACGACGCCCUCAUGAAAAAGGUCUCGGAGGCUAUCGAGAGCAAGACGCCAUUGCCGGACAAGUUGGCCGGGCUCAUGCCUGGUUAUGCCGGUUCGUGCGCGUUGCUCUCCAUGUACGAUCCCCUCACGAGCACCUUGCACGUGGCGUGCACCGGUAAUUCGAGGGCGGUUCUGGGGCGGAAGCGGCCCGAUGGGAGUUGGGAGGCUGUGCCGUUAUCGCUGGACCAGACCGCCCACAAUCCUGAGGAGUUUGCGCGGCUGCAGAGGGAGCAUCCCGGCGAGAAGGACGUCGUGUCGAUGAAGGAUGGGCGCAUUCUAGGUAUCGGACUCUCUCGCACCUUUAGGGACAGCCGCUGGAAAUUGUCCGACGAAUUGCAUCAGGAUCUCUAG